CCGGCAAGCGUUCAACAUCAGUUGGCAGCUUGAAGCUUUCUGGGGCACUCAAAGAGCAAGAGAGAAAGAGAAAGAAAGAGAAUCAGGGAUACAGCGCAAGAGAACCAAUUGAAUCGCAUCUAAGAAGUCUUGCAAUUGUUAUUCGAAAACAUCACAAGGAUAAGCGAAGCAUAUUUCUCAAACAUGGCUGAGUCAGCUAAGCGUAAUGAGCAGCUGCUGGACGCUCAGGAAGAGGUCCUUGAUUGUGACAUUGAGUUCGAGGAGGAGCAGCCGCAGUCCUCGCAGCCGCCGGUGCCGCACAGGAGCAACAAGCUCAUCAGGAAGGCCAUGAAGAAGGCGUACAAGGCGCAGCGCAUGCUGCAGCAGGCCAUGGAGCAGCUGGCCGCCGAGCAGGCCAAGGCCGAGAGGCGUCAGUGCAAGCGGGCCAAGAAGCAGCGAAGGCGCGAGAAGAAGCAGCUGAAGAAGCAGGCCAAGAAACAGGCCAAGAAGCAGCAAAAGGAGCAGCCAAACCAGAGCCAGGAUCAAAACGAGCAGCCACGCAGCCGCUCCAACAGUGUCAGCUCCACUUCCAGCUCUUCGAGCUCCUCCAGCUCCUCGAGCUCCUCGAGCAGCUCUUCCAGCAGCUCGAGCUCCGGCUCGGAGCAGAACUUUGGACGCGGCUGCUAUGGUUGGCCUAGACGACAUGGCCAUCGUCAUCAUGGCCGACGCGAGCGUUCCAGGUCGCCUUCGCACUGGCGCCGGCAUGGACAUCAUGGCCAUAGGCACGGCCAUGGUCCCCAUCACGGCCAUGGUCCCCAUCACGGUCAUGGCCCCCAUCACGGUUUCGGUCCCCAUCACUUUGGACCCCACAAUUUUAUGGCCCGAGGCGGCUUCGGUGGCUGCCCCUGGCCAAUGAUGGAGCAGCAGUUUUUUCGGAACGGCGACCUGCCGUGGGCUCAGGAGACGCGCAUGGCAUGGCCGAGACACCGAUCGAGAUCUAAGUCGCGCUGUGCUUCACGUGGCAAACAUGGCGCCCAUCACAGCAGGGGAGACAGGGGAGACAAGCGCAGCCACAGCCACAGCCACGGACACGGACACGGAGAUGGCCACACGGGUGGUCACCAUGAGCGUCGAGUGAGCCGCUCCAAAUCCAGCUCCAGCUCCAGCUCCAGCUCCAGCUCCAGCUCCAGUUCCAGCUCCAGUUCUAGGUCUAGAUCUAAAUCUGCUAACGAUAAGGAUCAGAGUCGUGAACAUGGACACGGACACGGUCACCAUCGUGGCUCUCAUCAUGGGCCUCACCAUGGACACCAUCAUAGAUCGCAUCAUGGUCCCCACCAUGGACCCCAUCAUGGACCCCAUCAUGGACCCCAUCAUGGACCCCAUCAUGGACCCCAUCAUGGACCCCAUCAUGGACCCCAUCCUCGUCACAGUGCCGAAAAAUGGCUAUCUGAUGGCUUCGACCCAAAUUCUUCAGCUUUUAACUCGUUUGAUCUGUUCUGGCAUUCGGCCCCGCCGUCAAAUAACAGCUCCAACAAGCACGACAAGCAUGGCCACAAGGGCAAGGGCAAGGGCAACGACAAGGGCAAGGCCGAGGGCAAGGACAAGCAAUGAGCAGCUAAUCUGCUGGCCUGCAGCACUGCCUCCAUGCUUAUUGAAAUGUUGUUCGACUACGACCAUUAUUUUCCUAUACUUUGCAUUAACCAACUAAUAUAUAUAUAUUUAU